GAAACACCCGAGUGCGUGAGUGAGUGAGUGAGCGCCGCCGCGCCAAGAUGGCGGACAUGGACGGGGUGGUCAAACGCAUCAUCCACGGCCCCGGCCCCGGCGGGCGGCAGCGCUUCACCCCCGGCACCAAGGCCACGUUCCACUACAAGACCCUUCGCUGCGACCCCGAGCGGACGGUGAUCGACGACAGCCGGACAAACGGCAAACCCAUGGAGUUGAUCAUCGGCAAGAAGUUCAAACUGCCUGUGUGGGAGACAGUGGUCAGCUCCAUGUGUGAGGGAGAGGUGGCCGAGUUCACCUGUGAUACGCGGGUAGGGAAUCCCCCCAUACCCCCACAUACACCCCCCGGUUGA